AUGCCAAUGAAAAUAUGGGGAUUUUCCUAUCUUUUAGUAACUUACCCAGCAAUUAUGCUUGUUACGGGAAAGAGUCACUUUGAAUCAAAUUGCAAACAGAGGGAAGUUUCAAUUUACGAAGGAAGGAAGGACGAUAUUGCGAGACAAAUUUAUGAAAGAGUGAACGAGAAUAGCAAACGUAUGAAGCUGAUGCUUGCUUGCAUGAAUGCGAAUGCAAAAGCUUCAUGGACUGUAAAUGACAUGAAAUGCUUCCAAAGAAAAUGCAAUAUACAGGAGGCAUGGGAUGGGACAGGUUCGUUAGAACUCAGACUUGAGCCCUCUACUCAGCAAGAGAUAAAAGUUCAAUUUCCUCCUUUUGAGGUAACUUCUCUUCAAUAUGUCGGCUCUAAAUAG